UGCAGACAGGUACAGCUGCCGUGCGAAGGUGAGAAAGUUCUCUGGUCUGCACCCGCAUUUCUGGACAACUCUGAAACUUUUGGACGGGUGCAUCCACCGGGUGAGGUUUUGGAAUCUGGAACCGGAGCCUUUGGAAGCGGACUACCCCGCAAUAUAUACCCCACCCAGUCCCUGAGACCCCGCUUCAUCGCUGCCGAAGGGACCUGGAUCUCAAGGUGUCUCCCACAUUCCCGAGACUUAGGCACUGGAAUACAAUUUGGAGCCUGAAGAUCAUUUGCAACGUUCCCUCUUCCUGCUUUGGUCGUAUUUUUGUUAAGGAAGCGAUAUGUUGGGAUCUGUGAAAAUGGAAUCACACGAAAUUCCCGAGUGGACCAGUUUAUAUUCAGACCCCGGUGAGAUCUACCCUGCGGUGAGCAACAUGAACCCCGGCCUGGGGUCGAUGAACAGCUAUAUGAGUGUGAACUCCAUGGGCUCCGUUGGAAACCUGUCGCCCGCUUCGCUCAACGUGUCCUACACCAACCUGAGUCCCCCGCUCUCUGUGCUGCCGUCCACUGUCAGUCCCAUCACCAACGGCCUCUCAUCCGUGCAGAGCUCCAUCAGCCCGGGCAUUGGACCUCCUGGAGGUCAGACUGCCCCCAUCAAUUCCAUGUCCCCUUACCAGACGGUGAACCAGCCUCUGGGCUCGCUGGCUUACUCUCCGGGGCUGGGCAGAGGGAAGGAAGCCAAAUCGUACCGCAGGAACUUCAGUCACGCCAAGCCACCAUACUCCUACAUCUCCCUGAUCACCAUGGCCAUCCAGCAAGCCCCCAGCAAGAUGCUGACCCUCAAUGAGAUCUACCAGUGGAUCAUGGACCUCUUCCCAUACUACAGGGAUAACCAGCAGCGGUGGCAAAACUCCAUCCGCCACUCACUCUCCUUCAAUGACUGCUUUGUCAAAGUGCCCCGCUCUCCAGAUAAACCGGGCAAGGGCUCCUACUGGGCUCUGCACCCAGACUCGGGCAACAUGUUCGAGAACGGCUGCUACCUGCGCCGCCAGAAGCGCUUCAAGUGUCAGAAGGAGAAACUGGCCUCACGCUCAGGCCUCGAGCAGGCUUCCAAGGGACUGGAGGCCGGACAGGACGGCAAGACACCCAGCCCCAGCUCGGAGGACGCCGAGUCCAGCCAGUCAGACACCUCGCCAGGAUCAGAAGAGCAGAGGACUCUGACGGAGCUGCGGUGCCAGAGAGUGGAGGGUUCGAACCCGGCGGCUGCCGCUUCGCCUGCCCCGUUGCCACAGGCCAUGACCCAUCCCCUGCUGACGCCCCCAAUGCAGCACCUGCCUGACCUCCAGAGCGAGCUAAAGAUGGACCCUCACUACAGCUUCAACCACCCCUUCUCAAUCACCAACCUGAUGUCCUCUGAGCAGUCGCACAAGAUUGACCUGAAGCUCUAUGAGCAGCCUCUUCACUACGGCAACACGUACAACUCACUGCUGAGCAAGGCCAGCUUCGAAACUCCCAGCCCAAUUAAUGAUUCCUGUCCCUACUAUCAGGUGAUGUACAACAGGUCUGUACUCAACACGUCGUAACAGUGGCUUCCCCAUGCUGCAGAGCCAGUGGCUAGAGGUGCCGUCCUUUCCCUGUACUAACCCUCCAGAACUUCUUAUCCCUCUUUGUGUUCUCCAGGGACUCACUAGUGCCACCAUCCCCUACCAGCCCACCAUUCCCAUCCUACACAAGAGGAUUGGAGGAGGAGUAGGCACUCGGCCCCUCAAGCCCACCCCGUCAUUCAAGGGUGCCGUGGUAGUAUAACAGUUAGAGUGACGCUAUUACAGCUAGGGGUGUUCCUGAGUUCAGAGUUCAAAUCUGGCUCCGUCUCUAAGAAGUUUGUGUGUUCUCCCCAUGAACUGUGUGGGUUUCCUCCGGGUGCUCCGGUUUCCUCCCACAGUCCAAAGACAGACCAGUUAGUAGGUUAAUUGGUCAUUGUAAACUGUCCUGUGAUUAUGGGUUAAAUUUGUGGGUGCUGGUGGCAUAGCUCGUAUACCCAGAAGGGGCUGUUCCACCAUGUAUUUCUAGACAAGUACAAAAUGACAUCCCCUCUCCUGUGUUCUCGUUCCCCAUCACCCUCAAUUAUUGGAGCUUUCUAAUAUUUAUCUAUCUCAUUACUUGCCUGCAUCACAGACAGAACGUGCCAGAGAUUCACCAGCGACAGAGAGAAAAUGGUUCCACACACUUCAGUCUUAAAUAUCCAGCCCUUGUGUCCACAUUCCCUUUUCUAUGAUUCUCCCAGAUGUCGAAACAUCCCAACAUCUACCCCGUCCAGCCCCUUUAAAACCUUAUCUGUUUGAGUAAGGUUAUCCUCAUUCUUCUUUCUUUAUUGAGAUACAGCAGGGAGUAGGCCACACUGCUCAGCAAUCCACUGAUUUAAACUGAGCCUAAUCACAGGACAAUUUAUAAUGACCAAUUAACCUAGCAACCAGCUUAUCUUUGGACUGAGGGAAGAAUCCGUAGCAUUCAGAGAAAACUGUGCAUUCCACAUUCUGCAGACUCCUUAUGAAUGACGUCAGAAUUGAACUCCAAGCUCCUAGACCCCAAGCUAUAAUAGCGUUGCGCUAACUGCUACACUACUGUGGUGUGGCGCCCAAUGUACACGCCUAUAAUGUUGGCUCGCUUGCAGCCGCAAAGUCCUUACAACAGAAUUCCCAUUCCUGGAUUUUACACGGCAGUAACCUUGAGGCAGAAUCCCUGAUUUGGGACAGAUCUCGAACAGUACAAUCUCCAGAAUGGACUGGAAACUGGGAGAACAGAUCACCUUUUGACUGGCUGACACAGGUGGGAUUUCAAGCAAAGGAACAGCCUCAGUGAGGAUGAUGUUGGUCUUGUCUUUCUGACAAGAGAAAUAAGUUGGGAAUAGAUUGGGAGGUGCCAUUGGACGAGAUCUGCCCCUCCCGCUGCUCAAAAAUGGACUUGGAAAAGAUGAGAGAAAUAAGGGCGGGAGUUGACUCGAGCCUGCUCACUAAGAUUGGAGCUCAUUUGAGACCCACUUCCACAUCAGUUCCCCCAGAGCUCCCUCAGGUAUCUCAGCCUUAAGCGGGCACCACGGUGGUGUAGCAUUUAACAUGACACUAUCACAGCUCGAGUUCAGAGUGCAAUGCCAACAUCAUCUGUAAGGGGUCUGUGGAAUGUGUGGGUUUUCUCUGGGUGCACCGGUUUCCAAAAACAUACCGGUUAGUAGGUUGAUUGGUCAAUGUAAAUUAGGCUGGGGUUAAAUCACUGGUACUGGGGGUUAAAUCACCAGUAUUGGGGGUUAAAUCACUGGUACUGGGGGUUAAAUCACUGGCAUUGGGGGUUAAAUCACCAGUAUUGGGGGUUAAAUCACUGGUACUGGGGGUUAAAUCACCAGUAUUGGGGGUUGCCGGGAGGUGCAGCUCAAAGGGCCUGAUGGGCCACUCCAUGCUGUAUCCCUAAAUAAAUAAACUCAUGAGGGGUAAACAUGAACUCAAUGGUCCGAAGGGUUGUUUUUUUCUGCUGCAUGACCUGUGACCCCUCAAAAUCCAUGGUUCUCUGGGACAGAAAACUCUAGAAGUUCUCAACCGUUCUGAUGUCAAACCAAAAUGCAAAACUCUUUAUUCUGAAGUGAUGCCCCAUUGGCAAUGGAUUGGGAAUAUUGAGCAGAUUGGGUUCAUCGAGCAAUCUCUGUGCAUUGGGGGGGGGUGGCUUUGCUUGGAGUGGGUCAAUUACAAGGAAGUGAAUUGGUACUAGGGGUGGUGAGAGGACAGAAAUCUGCUGUCCUCACAGCUGAAGCAUAAGCUCCUAAGGCCAUAAAACAUAAGCCAUUCAGCCAAUUGGGUCUGUUACUCCAUUCCAUCAUAGCUGAUUUAUUAUCCCUCUCAAUCCUGUCCUCCUGCCUUUUCCCUGUAACCAUUGACACCCUGACUAAUCAAGAACCUAUCAACUUCUGCUUUAAAUAUAGGCAAUGACUUGGCCUCCAUUGCCACCCGUGGCAAUGAAUUCCACAGAUUCACUAUGCUCUAGUUAAAGAAAUUCCUCCUCAUCCCUGUUCUAAAUGGACAUCCCUCUAUUCUGAAGCUGUGCCCUCUGGUCUUAGACUGCCUCACUACAGGAAACACCCUCUCCACAUCCAUUCUGUCCAGACCUUUCAAUAUUCAAUUGAUUUCAAUGAGAUCCCUCCUCAUUCUUCUAAACUCUGGCAGGUACAGGCCCAGAGCCAUCAAACACUUCUCAUAUGUUAACCCUUUCACUCUGGGAUCAUUCUCCAAUUCUCCAAUCUAUCCAAAGGUUUAUAGGAAGUAUCUCUCUGCAAUUGUUUCCCAGCAGUAGUUUGGGAGAGGGGUCACCUGGAAGACUCAUGGGGGAUUUCUUCCCAAUGAAUCACAGGAUUUAUUGAUAUCUGAAUCUCAGGUACAUUUUACUGGUCCAUUUCCCCUGCUGAACUUGGAUUAGGAGGUGAAAGUCACCCUGAGACACACCUGAGUUCCUAAUAAUCUGUACGUGUCUCCCUUCGGGCUCUGAUUACAAGUCCUCAUUAUUAAACAUAACACAAUAACUCACCAGCAAGUAACAAAUAAAAUUCCUGAGUCCCUGGAACUGCAGCCCAGCUCCAAGCAGCGCCCCGGAACCAGUAACCCCCAGAAAUGUAUCCCAGCAGCAUUCUUGGGAGUGUGUAACAUUAGUAUAAUAUUAGUAACACUUAAUAUCCCUGGAAUUGUAUCCCAAGCCUCAGUCAGCACCUCUGGGACCAUAUUAUGGCAAUAAUCAACCUUCCUGGAAAAGUGUCUCAGUAACAUUUUGCGACUGUACCUCAGUAACCGGCUGUCUCUCUGGAAUUGUAUCCCAGAAAUCGUCAAACGACUUCUCAGCCACUGGAAGGUACCUCUGGAAUUGUACUCAAGGAGCAGUCAACAACGAUGAAACUGUAUCCUAAUAAUAGGAAGUAGCAUUGGAACUAUAUAUCCUGGCAACAGUCAGGACCCCGGGAACUAUAUCCUGGUAACAUACAGGACCCCAGGAAAUAUAUCCUGGUAGCAGGCAACACCUCAGAAACUGUAUCCUAGCAACAGUUGGCAUCUCAGUAACUGUAUCCCGGCAACAGUCAGCAUCUCAGUAACUGUAUCCCGGCAAUAGUCGGCAUCUUAGUAACUGUAUCUGGGCAACAGUCAACAUCUCAGUAACUGUAUCCUGGUAACAGGCAGCAUCUCAGGAACUGGCAUUUCUGGAACUGCAAUCUAGCAACAGUCAUGACCUCAGGAACUGUAUCCCAGCAACUGUCAGUAUCUCUAAAACUGUUUCCAGGCAACAUCUCAAGAACUGUAUCCUGGCAACAGUCAGCAUCUCUGGAACUGUAAGCAAAGUCAGGAGUGAAUGUCAGGAUUGGCAGAAAAGGACUCUGGGAGGAGAUAGGAAAAGGAAUAAUGGGUGGAUGGGGGGCAAGCCAAUCACGUAAAGUUUCCAAUUAAUUUAAACUGUAAGAGAACUAGAAGUUGCAGGACCAUCAUCAUCUCUGCAGUUUGAAUGUAGAAUAGACAAGAUUUUGUAUCUUUUAGUAAUUGGUUUGUGAAGUGAAUGUAGAUAUUGUCCUUUGGCUGAAAUGUAUAAAACAGAUUGAAUUUAAUUUUAUUAAGCUUAUUGUAAAUCUUCACAUAAUGGAUCUGGGUCCUUGAGAUUAGUUGCUAUAUUUAAAAUGUGUUAGCAAUGUUUUUCUUUCCUUGUAUCUUUAAUGCAUCGUAGAGUAGUUGGUUAAACUCUUUAUUUAAAUACUCAUUGAGAAAGGGGGAGGGAAGCCACAAUGGAAAUCCAAGCCUUCUAAGAACAGCCUCCCGACACCGCUCACACUUCAGUGGGGACAAUGAUGCAUACGCAAGUGUGAUCAGGCCGGACAGUGUGGCCAUUUUAACUGAGCCUAGUGCCCCAGGGACUGUAUCCAGCCCUACAGCCACAGGGGCAGUAACCAGCCCAACCAGUCCCCAAGCAACAGGGACUGUAACCAGUCCUAACACCAAAGGGGCUGUAACCAGUCCGAGAGCCACAGGAACUGUAACAGUCUUGGAGCCACAGGGACUGUAACCAGUCCUAACACCAAAGGGGCUGUAACCAGUCCUAGAGCCACAGGAACUGUAACAGUCUUGGAGCCACAGGGACUGUAACCAGUCCUAACACCAAAGGGGCUGUAACCAGUCCUAGAGCCACAGGAACUGUAACAGUCUUGGAGCCACAGGGACUAUAACCAGUCCUAACACCAAAGGGGCUGUAACCAGUGCUAGAGCAACAGAAACUGUAACAGUCUUGGAGCCACAGGGACUGUAAUGAGUCCUAACACCAAAGGUACUGUAACCAGUCCUAGAGCAACAGGGACUGUAACAGUCUUGGAGCCACAGGGGCUGUAACGAGUCCUAACACCAAAGGUACUGUAACCAGUCCUAGAGCAACAGGGAUAGGGACUGUAGCAGUCCUGGAACCACAUGGUACUGUAACUAGUUUGAGAACCACAGGGACAUAACAACACAGGUACUAUAUCAGGCCUAGUCCCUAAGGGAAGUUUGUACUGUGACCAGGCCUCAGACCAGGUCUAGUAAUGGAGAUGCAGAUGCUGUAACUGGAUCCAGUUUCCCAGGCACCACAAACAAGCUGGUUACAGCCCUGGCCCUCAGGCUGGUACUGGUGUAAUACCAACACCGUAUCCCAAUGCCCUUUGUUAUUUGGUGAUGAAUUGCCCCCACAGAGAGCCAAAGCCAUUCCAAGCCUCAUGCCCUGCUGUGCUCUACAACCAAGCGUUAUCCGCCCAGUGGGUUUUGUGUCCUUCCCAUUUGAAGAAAGUGAGGAUGAAGAACAGGAGUGGAGGGCCUUGUCUUUGCCAGAUCAUGUGACAUUUCUGAUUCCAUGUUAAAUUUAAGGUGACAACUAUAUAAUAUUAAAAAAAUA